ACAAGCCUCGAAUGAACAACAUCCUCACUUCUGCCACGGAACCCUAUGAUCUGUCCUUCUCCCGGUCCUUCCAGAACCUCUCUCACCUCCCACCAUCCUAUGAGUCUGCCGUCAAGACAAACCCAAGUAAAUAUUCUUCUCUGAAGAGGCUAACUGACAAAGAGGCUGAUGAAUACUACAUGAGGAGGAGACACCUGCCUGACCUGGCAGCCCGGGGCACCCUCCCUAUCAACGUCAUCAAAAUGUCUCAACAGACCAACCACAGGGACAGGCCUCGCCGUCCCAUCAGGGCCAUGUCCCAGGACAGAGUGCUGUCUCCUGAGAGGAUCAUGCCUGAGGAGUUUAGCAUGUCCUAUGAACGGAUCCUCUCAGAUGAGCAGCUUCUGUCCGCAGAGCGCCUCCACUCCCAAGACCCCCUGCUCUCCCCGGAGCGGUCGGGGUACCCCGAGCAGUCUAUGUCACGAGCAUUGUCACACACAGACGUCUUUGUAUCAACACCCGUCUUGGAUCGCUACAGGAUGACAAAAAUGCACUCCCAUCCUAGUGCCUCAAAUAACUUGUACAAUACCUUAGGUAUGAACCCAACCUCUGCCAAGCGCCAGGCUUUCGCCUCCCGACGGCACAACACGGUGGAACAACUGCAUUAUAUCCCAGGACACCACCACCACUACCGCACAGCGAGCAAAACAGAGGUGACUGUUUGA